AACGCCAGCAACCGCAGCAAAGUCCAUCAGGUCGAGGUCACUGAGAUCCGGGGCGCUUGCGGGAGGCAUCAGAGGCAGAGGCAGCAUGGCGUCUCACACGUUCACUUCCAAGUCCCUGGCCGGCACACAAGUCCGCAGCACUCCCAGCCUGGCCCCAGCCAGGCGCCCCUCACGCUCUGUGACCGUGGCUGGGGUGUCCAAGAAAGUCAACACCCUGGAUGAGAACUGGGCCAAGGGCUUCUUUGGGUAUGGGUAUUUCGUGGAGGACUCAGAGGUGGAUGCGCCCAACUACCUCAGGACAGCAGAGCGGAAGAAAGUGCUGAGCAACAUCGAAUCGCUCGGCCUCCUGUCCGCCGCAGAGAAGGCCGGCCUCAGCCUCUCCAAGCUGGAGAGUUUGAAGCUGUUCUCGACAGCUGAGCGGCUGGGUCUGCUGAGCGCUCUGGAGCGGCUGCUGGUCUCUGACCCUGCCGCCAUCUCCUCCAUCGCCCUCCCCCUCUUUGUCGCCUCCCUCGGCUCCUUCAUUCUGAUCCCGGACACCAAUGUGGCGUUCGCGAUUGCCAAGUACAGCAUUGCUGCUGUGCUGGGCGGCUCCGCAGUCCUCUUCUUUGCGCUCGGCUUCCUCUUAGCAGCCGUGCAGGAGGAGUAGGCAGGCUCUAAUCUGGUGCCAGCCAAAUUUUGGACGCAGCCGAAUUCCAGCUGCAGUGUGUCAGGCCUCCAUUCCAAUAUUGCUGAUGAGGUGGUCAUCAUGGGGUUGCAAGGGUGCAGAACAAGGAUGGCCCAGGGUUUGGUGAGUGUAUUUUGUGCAACAUUUUUGAGAGGUGGGCAAGUGAGAGUGGGGUACAGCAGAUAACAGGUGCCUGGACCAGGGAAGCUAUUGGAAAUUUGCCAUGGUGGCAAGAUUUUCUGUAUCAGACAUGUGGUACUGUGGACAAAGCAAGAAAGCAGCCAUUUGAGUUACAAGAAAUGCCUGUAUUGGGUUGUGGGGGCAGACAGAUGUGCACAAGAUUUCGCUCUACAACAUAUCCGAAUAGCUUCCAUCCAAGACAACAUUGCUGAAGAUUGAGAAGAAAUUAAAAGCAGGACAUGUGAUCAGUAUCUUUGGGGUCUUGCAAAGAAUGUGAAGGAUCCAGUGAGUGUGAUCGUUGCAGUCCUUCAGGAGAUGAAGUGCAGAUUGACAACAGGGAACAUUGGGUUUAGUAAAGUUUCGAGAUGCUUGGAGAAUGUAAGCAGAAAGUGCUC